ACCGAUUUUACCCUUCUCCAUACUCUUCACUUUACGACGACCACUUGAUGACUACGGAGCUUACUGAACGAGAUCCCUUACUCCCAAAAGAUGUCGAUAAGACUUCUGAAGAGAAGCACCCAUUAGGCCCUCUCGAAAUAUCCCCUUCGACGCGGUACGGUAUCUUGGCUGGAAUAUGGACUGCCACGUUUCUGUCGUCUGUCAAUAUGACCCUAGUCCCUACAAUGCUUCCAUCUAUCUCUUCUAAUUUUCACAAAUCACAUCAAGCUAGUUGGCUCGGGACAUCGUAUCUACUUGCCACAUGCACAUUCACUCCGCUCUACGGGCGUCUUUGCAAUGUCAUGGGUCGAAGGGGGGCGAAUCAGACGGCGGUGCUUUUCGCCGGCCUGGGGACGCUUGCAUGUGGUCUGUCAACCAACAUGGAGACCCUAAUUCUCGCUCGAUUUAUAUCAGGCAUGGGGGGUGGUGGUAUUUUCACGACAUCGACAAUUGUCAUCAGCGACAUGUACACGCUACGAGUGGGUUUUGAGGACUUGGUUUCAUCUAUAUCGCUGACAGUUAUCCAGUCAAGAGGCUUAACCCAAGGAGUUGCGAGUGUUUUCAGCGGUCUGGGAAUGGGGUUGGGCGGUCCCAUAGGCGGGCUUGUAACGGAUUGGCUUGGUUGGCGUUGGGCCUUCCUGAUACAAAUCCCUCUGUUCGCUCUCUCCUUCGUCCUGACAUCGCAUAACCUUCGCUACGUGACCUCGGGUAGAGGGAAGAGCACUAAGGAUAUUCUAAAGCGCAUCGAUUAUGCAGGCAGUCUGGCGUUGCUCAUCUCCGUGGGCAGCUGUCUUUUCUUUCUCAGUACCCGCUAUAACGUGAUUUUACCUUGGUCCCACCCGACGGUCCUUAUUCCAUUGAUCCUGUCAAUCACGUUCUUCAUUGCCUUCAUAUUCGUCGAACUUCGAGUGGCGCGAGAACCUGUCCUGGCACCAUUUUUAUUGAAGCAACGCAUACCGGUGCUCGUGGGAUGUUCAAAUUUCCUUGUCGCGCUAUGUAAUUUUUCUGUUACGUUUUUCUUCCCAAUGUGGUUCCAGACGGUCCUUCUUACAAGCGCAUCCGUUGCUGGGUUGCACCUGGCGCCUAACAGUGUAUCCAUGUCGGCUGGGUCGGUUUUCGCUGGUUGGAUGAUGCACCGUACAGGCAAAUACAAGAUGAUCAACCUUAUCUGUGGUUUGUUCCCAUUCAUUGCCACUCUGCUCAUCCUACAGAUGAAAGAGGAUUCUGGACCAAUCCAAUCUUGGCUAAGUAUCGUACGUCGAAACGGGUGCCUCCCGAUUUCUUUGGCUGUCCUUUGUGGCUUGACAUUCACCACUUUGCGUGUGUUCAUAUGUCAUUUAGAUCCCUCUUGGAUUCGGAAAUGCCGUUGUUCUUCAAACCAUGCUAAGUACGAUGAGGCUUCAUACCGUUAUCUCACCCAACAUCUUUUUAUUUUAGUUGCCCUGUUGGCCCACCUUCCUGAUUCUCACAUGGCGGUUGGCACUGGUUUCGGCCAAGUAUUCCGAGGCAUAGGUCAGGUAGGAGGUGUUGCAAUUUCCUCUGCUAUCUUCCAGACAAAGUUGGAUGGUGAACUUCGGAAACGCUUUGAUGGCCUUGACGCAGAACGAUGGGUUAAAUCUAUUCGACAAUCAGCGCGUCUGAUUCACGACCUACCACCGGACCUGCAGAGGAAAGCUCGAGAUUCCUACUCUGCAAGUCUAAAAGCCGUGUUCUUCUUCUCAGCUUGCUGUACACUUCUCGCAUUCAUUGUCCGUUUGCCGAUUCCGGAGAAAGACCUUGACAGUCGACCAACAUCGCACGCCCCGGCUGCCGGUGCAUCGCGUGACGAAACAGCUAUCGAAGAAGGUUCUGGAGACGAAGAACCUCCUACGAUCAAGAAGGGAGUGCGCCGGCUGUCUACCUUUGAGUCUGCCGUAGGCAGUAUGGACUUGGAAAGCAAUACUAUAGGCGGUUCCGCCAGGCAACCGCCACCUCCUUAAUGUACAAGUCCUACGUAGUUGUAGCUUGCGUUGAGUCCUUGUUUUGGACAUGUUGCCGUAUGUCGUCAUACCUAGAGGC